AUGAGUUAAUUACUAACCCUCUAUGACGUCCUGACUAAUAAUAAUACAAAUAUUUGUGUUCUUUAAUCAAUAAAUAAAGAACAAGUAACGCUGUCACGACAACUCUUAAAAAACUCAAGAUGAGAAAUAUAUUUCAAACAUUAACAGGGAAGUUUGCAGCUAUCCACGUAGCAAAACAGUAUUCGACUGCAUUUGAUGGUUGUAAUCUAACGUAGACAAAAAUUGUGAAGAAGUGAUAGCUGGCAAAAUUAACGAUUAAUAAACGAAGCAAAAACAGAAGAAAACUCAAUGGAUCCAGUAACGGAAGGUUUUGGUCUGAUAGCGGUUGUUGCAAAAAGUGGGAAAUCACUACUGGAACUAUUAGGUGUGAUUGAAAGCAACUUAGACGCACUAAAAGGAAUGUGUAAAAAGGAUGUACAAAGUAGCCUCUGUCAUUACGAAAAAGGCAUUGAAAGACUGAACCUCGCGGAGUCUAAAAAAGAAGAAUUGGAAAAAAUAGAAGAGCGACAGAAGUUGGCUCAAGAGUCUUUUAUAGAGGCAGACAAAGAAGCAAGCAAUGCAUUUCACAACGAAUCAUUAAAAAUUGAAGAAAGAAUAAUAGCGUGCUUGGUUUGCAUCGCAAGUUCUAUCCUACGACAUUAUAAUGAUAGCGAGGCAGCAGAAAAGGAUUCAAUGGUAUACCUAAAAAUAUUACAUUCAUUGCCCGAAAUUGGAAAGAUGUUUUCAAAAAUGAAACCAGCACUUUUCAAAGACGAGAGGGCUAUAAACGUUGACAAUGUAAUAAUAAUCAAUUUAUUGUUGGCGAAUUUCAUGUCCAUUAACCCAUCCAAAAGUUACGCAGUUCUUGAUUGGCCAUUGAUUAAAUGUGGUGAGAAAAUGUUUCAUCCUUUGUAUUUUAAAGAAGUUGAAAGAGUCACGAGUUCCUCAACACCUUGGCACGAAUAUCAUUUUCGCAUGGAUGAAAGUGACCUAUUUGUCUACAAACAAAUCACAAUAACCAACGAAGGAGAAAUGCUGAUUUUUUCUGGAAAAAAUCUCCAAAAAGUCGACAGUGAAACAGGAAAGCUUCAACCGUGGUGUAAAGAAAGUUGUGAGAUUGAUGAUUCGGAAGUUAAAUGUAUGACAGUUGGUAACAAUGGCGUGGUAUAUGUUCUUUCUGGUUGUGAAAGUAAAAAGACUUAUCAAUUGACAAUGUUUCAACAAGAUGGCACAAUCCAACAGUCUACAUUAAAGUUCCUGGGCAACAAAGACGGACGAAAUCUGCUCAUGUCUGUAACACAAGAUGAAAGAAUUGUUGUUGCAUUUGUUGAAGGUGACCAGAGGAAUAUCACCGUGCGUGGAUGUUACAAAGAUGGUGAACUCUUUCUGAAGAAGUUGAAGGAAAAAGGUAAACCUUCUCUAAUCUUUGGUGAGAUGAAAACUUUCACUGUUUCUUCUGAUAACAAAAUAGCAAUCAUAGUAUACCGAGAGGAGCGUUUUCGCAAAUUUCAUAAACUCCUCACCUACAGCAUGGAAGGUGAUCUAAUAAAAGUCAUGAAGUUCGAUCCAACUCUGAAAGAAAUCAGAGCGUAUGAUGAAGUAAUUUAUACACCCGACAUCGGCACCAUAACAGGUUACUACUUCAAUAAAUCUGAUUCAAAGUUAGUGGUUGAGAUUUUCUCUACUGUGACCAAGAAACAUCACUUGUCGCUCGUGCUGAUGAAAACAGAAUACGACUCAGGAAUGUUUGACGAUAAGUUUCGUUUUGUUCAACACGCUAACGGAAAGGUGGCUUUGGUUACAAAAGAGCGUGUACUUCAUUUGAAAAAAAGCUUUGCCCUAGAGGAAUCGUUCGUAUCGCACAUAAAUUCUCAGAGUAAGUCGAUUGUGGAAAAGAAUAAAAAAACUUUUCCUGGCAGGAUACUUAGCUUUUUUUCAGCGAAAAAGUUUCCUGGGAACAUGGUUAGGUUGAAAAUAAACCUUACAGCAAGAAAAGGUACAAAAACGGUUGACAAUUCGAAAUCGAAAUAGCCAAAAAGCUCAGUAGACCCCAAUAGGUCGAACCCAGAAGGGAGUUCCAAGAAUCCUAAUAUAGAGGUACCAGAACGAUGUUCAGUGGCUAACCGUAUUGCUCAAUUUGAAAGUAAAAAGUGACGAGAAUCUAUAAACUCUCUCGUGAAAAUACAUUUUUGCAAUACAACUAUGGCUUGAAAGCUUUUAAGCCAUUUUCUUAGGCUUCUUCAAGCUGCAAAAAUAUUAUGAUUAGAAAUUUUCAAAGAAACGUUUUUCCACUUUCUCGCACAGUUCACUUUCGUAUAAGUCAAUUUAUCAAAAUGUAUUUAUCAAGGUGCCCGUCAUUUAUUUACAUAUAUAUAUUGUAGGAUUUAAAAGCCCAAAUGUAUCACGUGAAAUUAUAAUAUGGCACUCUAGCACAUGUAUCGAACUAUCCUUUCAAAUUAAACAAUGUUAUAAAUUUGGCAAA